CCCACAGCUGCAGGGAGGGGGGGGCUAAAAAGACUCCAGAGUGAAAGUGAAGCAAUACCGACAGCGAGCAUGACCGACGCCGAGGCGCAGAGCGCUCCACCAGCGGCCCCCGAGGAGGUGGAGGUGGAGGUGGUGUUGGAGGAGGAGGAGAAGCCGGAGCCGGAGAGGAAAGUCAUAGCCACCUUGGUUCAAGGCACAGUGAAGUGGUUCAAUGUGCGUAACGGAUAUGGCUUCAUAAACAGAAAUGAUACCAAAGAAGAUGUCUUCGUUCAUCAGACUGCGAUCAAAAAGAACAAUCCAAGGAAGUUCCUUCGCAGCGUUGGCGAUGGGGAGGUUGUAGAGUUCGACGUGAUUGAAGCCGCCAAGGGCUCCGAAGCGGCCAACGUAACGGGUCCGGGCGGCGUUCCGGUAAAGGGCAGCCGCUACGCACCCAACAAACGGCGCUUCCGCCGGCGCUUCCUCCCAAAGCCCGGCGAGGAGGGCAAACCGGCCGACGGCCAGUCGUCCGCCGCUGAGGGCGAGGGAUCGGGAGACAACGACGGCGUGAGACCUCAGCAGCAGCAGCAGCAGCUGCAACAACAGCAGCCGCGCCGCCGGAGGCCCCGCAGACUCCGGCAGGACACACAAGAGGGGGAGGCCGGGGAGCCAAAGGACGGAGCGGCGGAGGGCGACCGGACGCAGCGACCGCCGCAGCACAGGUUCUGGCGCCCGUACCGCAGGCCAUUCCGUCCGCGCCCGCCUCCCGAGCCGGCUGCAGACGGCCCGCAGGCUGCAGACGGCCCGCAGGCGGCCAGCGGCGAGCAGGCCCCCGCUGCCGCCCCUCAGGGGGCCGACGGCAAGGCGGCCGCCCCCGCGGCUCCAGAGGAGGUCCAGGAGCAAGCGGAGGCGAAGCAGACGGAGGCCUCCGAGGGCCCCCACACCAACGGGGAAGCACCCGAGGGCCAGAAACAGCAACGCCGCCAGUCCAGACGGCGCCGGCAAAGGAACUCUGAGUCCUCGACAUCAAAAAAUGAUGCAGAGAAAUCUGCAUCAGAGCCUGGUACCCCCCCUCAGACCUCCAAUCCAGGCGACCUUAAUUCCACAUCAAAAUCCCCAAAGGGCUCCCCCAAAACCUCCCCUGAAACACAGAAAUCCCCCGAGCAGGCAGCUGACACGACAGUCGCAGCACCAACGGAGUGACUCUGGCGAGAGGACAGUCUUGUGACCCUUGGGUUGGAGGACUGGACCCUUUUCAGAAGGCAUGCACUGCUCUCCCCUCUCUGCACUUCUCCGCCCCCUUAGGGCUCCUCCCCUCUCUGACUGUCCCGUCUAGACACGGACAGUCAGAGAGGGGUGAGCAGG